UGUGUGUGUGUGUGCGCGCGCGCAUAGCCCCCCUCCCCCACUCUCCCGCGAUCCGGAUCCUUGACGUUGGCAUCAUGGCAAUGGAUCUGACUCUGCCACCAAUCGCCGAGGAGCUUUCCUCCUCGUCAAAUUCGCUGAGCUCGAUGGGUUCCUUCCGAGCUUCUUCCAGCCCCAAUCUGGCCACCCUUCAGGCGGAUUUCCUCGGCGAGGCCCAGCGCGGGAGCUAUAUCUCCUCCGAGUCCGACUCUGACAUGGAUCAACAGAUUCCCCCUCCAGCCACGAUGACCGCCGCCGGCAGGGCUCCUUAUUUGGCUGCCAGCGGCUCUCCGGCCGUCGUGCCCGGAUCGCUGUCCGGAUCGCCAUCGAUUUCGGGCGCCUCGACACCAAGCGGCUCGCCGCGCCCCCCACGCGCAGCCACCGAGCCUCCGCCGGCCACCGAUUCCACCAGCACCGAUGAUAUUUCUGCCCCCUCGCCAGGGUCAAUCCCACCGACGAUGGCCUCCUCCGCGGCUUCCUCGGCCGCCGGAUCCCCCUCGCCCACCGGCCUGCCCCACUCAUCGCCCCUGAAUGCCAGCCACCCGCUGGCCACUCGCAUCCAGGGCAACCACUCGCCCACCUCGCCGUAUCAGCCCCCUCGCCCUGUGGUCCAGCGUGCGUCAAGCUCCUUCUCCGGGCCCUCGACCACCGGGGUCACCGCGGUUCCGGGUGCCCCGCCCGGCAUCAACUCCCGCCGGGCCUCCUUCCAUGAUAUUCGUGACGGGCAGCCAAAGAGCCUUCACCGGCGGAAGAGCAUUUUUAGCAUGAUCAAGACGGCUCUCAUUUCGCCCUCGUCGCCCUCCACGGUUGACGGCCCCAUGGGGCCGGGCAUUCACGGUCGUUCUAGCCUUGGGGUUUCCCCCUCACGCGGGGACAGCCUCGACGACGACUUCUCCCACCUGGCGAUCCCGAGUGACAAGAAGAAGGGCCGCAAGCGCGGCGACCGGCGCAAGAGCUCCGCCAAUGAGAUCGACACUUCCGAGACGACGACAUACACCGACUUCGAGUUCGAUGCCGAGGUCUUGGAGGACACUCGUGGGCACUGGCAACCGCCGGACUCGUGGCGUGUCGGUCCUGGCGCGCCGUUGGCCUUCUCGACGCCGAGCUCCGACGCGUCGUCCGGCACCGCCCCGGAUAAUGCGGUUGCUGCCCUCCUGAGCACCAAGCUCGAGCUGCCGGAUCUGCAGCCCGAGUUCACUGAAGCCACCACUGACGAGGAUGACUCUUUCUACCUUCUUCGGCUCUACAUCACCCAAAAUGACUACCGUGCCAUUAAGAUCCCCUACGGGUCAACCGUGCAGACCAUGAUGGCCUCCCUGCAGAAGAAGAAUCCCGCCCUCAAGAAUCAGACCUUGUACCUUGUGCACCAGGGCCGAAUGCGCCAGCUCCUCCCCCACGAGAAGCCGAUGGUCAUCACCCGGCACUUCAUCGAGCAGCUGGGCUUCAGCCCGGAGAGCAUGAUUCGCGAGCAGAUGCGCAUGGACCACCGGUAUUGUUUCUGGUUCCUGCUGUCGCACCAGCACUCGCAGCAGGCACUGGACUUCUCCGCGCAGAUCACUCGCCUGUCGCAGAUCCAGCACUUGAACUUUUCCAACAUGAACCUGCCCUACAUCCCGCCGGUGCUUCACUCGCGAGCCAGCGAGAUCCUGGAGAUGAAUCUCUCUGGCAACAUCCUGCUGGACUUCCCAGCGGACUUUGCCGAGGCCUGCACGCGUCUGACCGCACUGAAGCUCUCCGGCAACGAGUAUACAACUCUCCCACAGGGUGUUUGCUCGGUGCCAAACCUCAAGCAGCUCAACAUUUCCUCCAACCAGCUGGCCGUCCUGCCGGCGGCCAUCGAGCGCCUGGCCUCAUCGCUCGUGUCGUUGGAUGCCAAGUGCAAUCGCAUCACCUCCCUCCCGCAGGAGAUCAGCCAGCUCCGCAACCUCACCCUGCUGAACCUGUCCAACAAUGACUUCGAGACCUUCCCGACGGCACUCAACCAGAUCUCAAGCCUGAUGCUGCUGGACAUGUCCUACUGCAACCUCACCUCCAUCGACUUUACCACCCCGCCCAACGAUCUCCGCGUCCUCCGCGUCCUCUGCAACAAGCUCACGUCGCUGCCAGACCUGACCCAGAUGACCAAGCUCUCGGAAUUGGACGUCCGGUCAAACAUGCUGACGGACAUUUCCGGUGUCAGCGAGUGCCCGGCCCUGCGGAAGCUCUACUGUGAUGGGAAUAUGAUCUCCACCUUCACCCUGACCCCGGGGCUGCUGGCUCUGUCGGAGUUGACCAUGACCCGGAAUAGCUUGACCCGCUUCGAUGUGACGGCCGACUCGUCGGUCCUGCGCCGGCUGACCCUGGCCCACAACAAGAUGACCACCCUGCCGGACUCCUUUGCCCGGCUGGUCAUGUUGACCGACCUGUCCCUGGAUGACAACCAUAUCAUGAUGCUGCCGCCCUCCUUCAAGGCCCUCAGUCGCUUGCAGUGCCUGUCGAUCUCGCGGAACCUCCUGUCCGAGCUGCCGCCGGAGAUCGGCCACCUGUCCUCGCUCUACCAGCUGGAUUUGCAUUCGAACAAUCUGCGCCGACUGCCGAAUGAGAUCUGGCAAUUGCGAGGCUUGCUGCUGCUGAAUUUGUCCAGCAACCUGAUCGAGCGCAUUCCCCACCCGACUGCCAAAUUCUCCAACGGCCUCUCGCGACCGAAUGAGAUUUACCUGUCGGACAACCGGCUCUCCUCCAAUGUCUUCACGGUGAUUGAGCACAUGCCGGAGCUUCGUGUCAUCAACCUGGCCUACAAUGACAUGGAGGAGAUCCCCAAGUCCAUUGGCCUCUAUUCCAAGCUGGAGGUCCUUUCACUGUCGGGCAACCUGCUGACCUCGCUGCCGGAUGAGAUGGGCCUGCUGUCGAACUUGGUCCGGUUGUAUUUGAACUCCAACAAGCUGGUCAGCCUGCCGGCGGCGCUGAGCCGGUGCACGCGCCUGCAAGUGGUGGACCUGUCACACAAUGAUCUGAAGAUCAACCUGGCCAACAGCUCCGAGUGGCAUUGGGGCCAAAACCGGGCCAUCAAGCAUCUGGACCUGUCGGCCAAUCCGCGUCUGCUGGAGCACCAGCGCGGCGACGAGGAGUCCCUGCUGGGCAUCAAUGUCCUGCAUGACUUGUUGCUGGUCAACUUGUCCGAAACCUCGCACAGUCACAGCGUGGUCGAGCGGGCCCGGGCCAUCAAGCACUGCUACUAUGCCGACCCGCAGGCGGGCUACCAGCGUCUCGGCUGCAGCAACAUGCUCAGCUAUGACGGAGCCACGAUCAACAACUCCGUGGUGUAUGAGCUGAAGGAGGGGUCCGAUGUGUUUUGCCUCUUCGAGGGGUUCCUCCGGGACGAUGUGUCGCUCUUCCUCCGGGAGAACCUGGCCAGCCAGUUCUACUUCAUGCUGCGCAAUCAUGAUGUCGUGUCUUCCAUGAUGCGGGCCUUCUAUGCCGUGGGUCAGAUGCUUGCCCGGCGGAAUAUCCAGCGCGAGGCGGCCGUGGUCUCUUCGCCCCAGCUGUCCAGCAGCCGGCUAUCCUCCAAGUCCGGGGCCUUCUCCUUCCUGGGCAAUGGCAACAAUGCCGGGGCCAAUGGGAAUGGGGCCGGCAUCGCCGGGGUCCAGCCCGGGUCUCUUGGCGGCUCGAGCGGCGGCUCGAGUGGCCCGAGUGCCUUCCCGGUGGUGGGCCAGGUGAACAUGCCUUCCUCGCCGACCACGGCCAAUGGCUCGGCCCCGACGGUCUUCUCGUCGUACUUCGGCGGCGAGCAUGGCGGCGACGCGGCCGGCUACGGCAUCACCAGCUCCUGGACCACGCUGCACAAUGGGCCCUCUCCUCAGGGCAGCGGCGCCACUCCCACCGGCCCGGCCUCGUCGUCCAUCAACUCCAAUCGCGUGCUCCAAACCGGCGAAGAAUACCCGACCGCCGGGCAGUCUGGGUCCUCGGCCCUGGCGGUGGUUUACUGCGGGUCCAAGGUGUAUGUCUUUGCCACCGGCGUGGCCCAGGCGGUUCUCAGCAAGGGCGGCAAGCCGGUCCCCCUGCAUCAGCCGCAUGAUGUGUACAACCCGGCUGAGAUCGCCCGUUGCCGGAAUGCUGGUAGCUGGUUCGCCAAUUCCCGGCUACUGAAUGGGUCGCUCCCGACGACGCGCGCUUUCGGCUUUUGCGAUCUCCUCCCGCAGAUCAUCUCCAACCCCAGCAUGUACGAAUUCGAGGUCGAGGCCAAUGACGAGUUCAUCAUCAUGGGCUGCUCCGGGUUUUGGAAGUUCCUCAGCCACCAGACGGCGGUGGAUGUCGUCCGGUCGGUGCCGUCCAGUUUCUCGCGCGCAUCGCAGAAGCUCCGCGACUAUGCCAUCUCUUAUGGGGCCAGCACUGCCAUCACGGUGGUCGUCCUGUCGGUGCUCCCUCGGUCGGAGAUGAUGAAGCCCAAUCCCGUCAAUCGCCGGCUGCUGCGCAAUGGCGUGGUCGACUCGGCCCUGGCUCGCCUGGGCGCCGAGGUGGGCCCCCCGCGCGGCCUGCUGGCCCUGGUGUUUACCGAUAUCAAGAACUCCACCACGCUUUGGGAAACCAACGAAACCGCCAUGCGCACAUGCAUUCGCAUUCACAACCAGAUCAUGCGUCGGAAUCUGCGCAAGUACGACGGCUACGAGGUCAAGACCGAGGGCGAUGCGUUCAUGGUGGCCUUCCAGGACCCGGUGUCGGCGGUUCGCUGGUGCUUGGCCGUGCAGAGUGAGCUCGUUGAGGCCGACUGGCCGAAGGAGACUCUGGAGCUGCCCGAUGGCCGGGCUGUUUUCUGCAAUGAUCACAAGCUCAUCUUCCGCGGCCUGUCCGUGCGCAUGGGCAUCCAUGUGGGCGAGCCCGUGUGCGAGACGGACCCGGUGACCGGGCGCAUGGACUACUUCGGGCCGAUGGUCAACCGUGCGGCUCGUGUGUCCGGUGCCGCCGAUGGCGGGCAGAUCACCGUCUCCGGGGACACCUGGAACCAUAUUACCUCCAAGCAGGAGGCCUUCGAUUCGCUGACCGAGCAAUUCGACCUGUUUACCUACAGCAUUGGUCAGGUGAAGCUCAAGGGCCUGGAGGGGAAGGAAAACAUGCGGCUCCUUCUGCCAGGCAAGCUGGCCGGUCGUGUGGAGUACUAUGCCAACUUGAAUCCCUCCGGAGCGGAGCCUUCCAACUCGUCGGCGGCCCUAGUGCAGACGGAUGGCGAGGGUCCGAGCCAGAUGGUUUCCUCGGGCUCGGGCUCGGUUGGAGCCGCCGGCCUGCUGGACUUCCCGCCGCCCGGGUUGUCAGCCUCGCUGGCACUCAGCUUCUCCGGGAGCAUCAACAAUCUGGCCCCGUCGCCGAUCUUCUCCUUGAGUGCCUCGCCCUCGGAGGCGGGCCUUCCGCCGGCAGUCUUCCACAGCUCGGGCCUGGCGUCCCCGUGCGAGCCCAAUGGCGGGCUGUUGUGUGCCUCCCCGCAGCAGGGGCUCUCCGGGCUGACGAGCUCGCCGUCCUUCCAUCUGGACGAUGUCGAUCCGUCCUUGGUGUUCGAAACAGCCAUUGCCCACAUUUCGCGUCUGGCAUCGGUCUGCACGCGCCUGGAGAUCCUCGAGCGCAAGGCAUACGCUCUGCAGGAGGCCAAUGCGGCGGCGGCGGCGGCCGCGAUGGCCCAGGCCUCGGCUCCGGCAGUGGCCCCGGCGGCCACUCUGCCCUCGGGGCCGGGCUCACGGUGCACCUCUUGCCAGCACUCGGAGGCGCGGCUGCCCUCUCCUCUGACCAAGUCCCUGCACUCCACCUUCUCGGUGACCGAUGCCGGUCCUGGCGCCGCAUGCUGGGGAGGGGCCGGUGAUGAGUUGCCCGCUUGCACGUGCACCGAGAUCACUGCUUUGGUCAUUCCAACCGGCGGUGCCACCCCGGUGGGGACAUCGACAGAGGCCGCAGCCUGUGGCGUCUCGGCCCCUGGCCAUGCCGCCGCUGCCGCCGCUGCCGCCGCUGCCGCCACCGCCGCCACCGCCGCCACCGCCGCCUCGCCGGUGCCGUCGGGCCCCGUGGCCCCGGUCAACAUGUCCCUCCCCUCGCUGGCGGACUCCUUCAAACACCCGGCCGUGGGGCUGGCCCCGGCGCCCUUGGCGCUGGUCGGCCUGCCGGCUCUCUUCACCCUGCCGGAGGACAUCACCUUGGACGAGGUGGCUCCUCUAUUUGCCAUGGUCACCGGGCGCAUCGAGCGGGUGGUCCACUCCUUGUGGAGCAUGGCCCUCGGCCGGUAUCGCGACCUUGUGGCCGAUUUGAUCCUGCUGGCUGAGCGUGCGGUGGCCGAUGUCCUUGGGCAGUCGGGCCUCUCGGCGGUUGUGGCCCCGGUCAGCCCGGAUUCGGCUCUCCUGGGCUCCAUCAGCUCGACAUUGCUGUUGUCGGCCUCGACGACGGCGGUGACGGCGGCCGGGCCGUCCCCCUCGCAGCUCGGCGCCGGGCUCUUUGCCCCGGCGCCGAUGGCUGUUCUGGCCAAGGCGCCGGCCACUCGGCCGGCGGCUUCCUUCGCCUUUGCUGAUGGCAUCCCCUCGGCACAGGAUGCCUUGCAGUAUAUGCGGUCGCUGGCGAGCCAGCAGCGCCAAGGUGGCCUCGAGCAGCAACAGCAGCAACAUCCGCAAAUGCCCAGCCAGGAUGCUCCUCUCUCUUCAAAGGCGCCAUGCUCCGUGGACCCACGCGUGUCCAAGGUGCCAGUGGCAGGGCCAGCCCCUGUACGCCUUCCUGGCUCGCCCCAAACCAACACCCCGGGCGCGGAUGAGGGUGCAGGUGGGAUUGUUGAUGGCCCGUGCCCGGCCGGUCGGGUGGCCGCCUCGCCGCCGGGCAGUGCGGCCAACAUUGCGCGGCUAUCUCAGCGCCCGCUGCCGGACAUCCCGACCAGCGCCAGCACCGGUGGCCAUCUUUCUUCGUCCUUGUCUCCAGGCGCUGCCACCCCGGCGGUUCCCACGUGUGUGAGCCCGUCGGAUGGUGGCUCUGUCCCCGCCACUGUCACUGCCACCGCCCCCGUCGCCCCCGCCACGGCCUCGGCCACCCCUAGCACCACCACCACUACCUCCACUGCCACCGCCACCGCCACCGCCACCGCCACCGCCACCGCCACCGCCACCGCCACCUCCACCACCGUAGCCCCGACCUCGGCCGCCGAGCCAAGCACCCACAUGGCCUCCGAUGCUGCGUCCGCCGAUGCUGGCUCACUCGCCGGCCAUUCCACCUGCCUCACUUGUCCUUGUUCCUCCAAGUCUUGCCGGUUUUCGGGUUGCCCGGCGGCCGCGGCCAAUACCCUGGUGUCCGACCUGUGUGCGGCGCCAGUCGACACGGCUGAUCCGGCCUUCCUCAUCGGGCGUGCCCUCGACCAGGACACGAGUGCUGUGCAGCUCAUCGACCAGGCAACUGCCAGCCGCUGGUCUCCCUCCUCGGAGGCGGCGAUCUCGCUGGCCGUGGCCCUUCAAAGCACUUGCGACCAGUUGCACAACUUCUCGGACGCCUUCUCACAGGCCCUCCUCUCGCAGCAUGCGCCACCCCUCCCCUGAAAGGGGGUAUGAGGGAAGCAUUGCGCGUGCGAGAAAGAGAGAGAGAGAGAGAGAGAGAGAGAGCGAGAGAGGGAGAGAGUUAUUCGUGGAGGGAGGGUCAUUUAAAUACCCCUUCCUCCGAUACAGAGGGCUGGCCUUUACAUUACAUGAGCAUGCGUGUGUAGGCUCAAGCGCACGCGCAGAGACACCCCCUUUCGCCAUGCUUAGUUGGCAUGCCGAUGACACAGGUUCAUCUGCGCGUACAAGAACACCCUUGUGUCCCAGUGCCCCUCCCUCCUCCUCGCCCGGCCACAAAGACCUGCUUCGGGGAAGGAUCGGGGGCCGGCUUGCUGGCCCUCCAUGUCCACCUCCCUCUCUCGCCCCGCCCCUUUGUUCUCCUCUACCCUUCAAUACAUUCCCUGUCCUUCGGUG